AUGGGUACCCAGGAAACACAGCCUCUUCUGGGCGCAUCAAGCCACUCCGGUGCAAUUUCACAAAUUACAAUCCAACCACAAGAUAAUACACAUGAUGAUCUCCCCGCGCCAUACCCCGACGCACUGCCAGGAGCGACCUAUAGAAAAAGCCUCAACUGGUCAAGCGCAUACAUAUUAGUCGUUUCCCGUGUUAUCGGCAGCGGUAUUUUCGCUACUCCAGGCUCCAUUGUUAAAUCCGCCGGAAGUAUUGGAUUGACUCUCUUAGUAUGGCUUGUCGGAACGAUAUUGUCAGCUUGUGGUAUGGCAGUGUCGAUGGAGUACGGCUGCAUGCUACCUCGGUCAGGAGGGGAAAAGGUGUACCUUGAGUAUACCUAUCCCCGACCGAGGUUUCUUGCCUCGAGCCUCAUCGCAGUCCAGGCGGUGCUUCUGGGAUUCACGGCCAGCAACUGCAUCAUUUUCUCGAAGUAUAUCUUCUUUGCACUUGGUACUGUGCCGACUGAGUCUCAACAUAAGGCACUUGCUGUUGGUCUUUUGACGGUCAUUACUAUCAUUCAUGGCUGCUUUUUGAAGACGGGGAUCUAUAUCCAGAAUAUUCUCGGAUGGGUGAAGAUAUUCCUCAUUGGUGCAAUGUCCUUGACGGGAAUCUGGGUAGUAUUUCUCCAGUUUUAUGGAAAUACUGAUGACUUCUCUCCAGGAGCAAAGACUGGCAGUCCAUUUUCUUGGGAUUCAAUGUGGGAAGGAUCAAAUUGGAGCUGGAGCGUGCUUUCGACGGCGUUGUUUAAGGUCUACUACUCCUAUGCCGGUCUAAACAACGUGAACAAUGUUCUCAAUGAAGUGCAUGAUCCUGUUGGUAUAGUAAAGACUGUGUGUCCCACCGCCCUACUGACAGCUGGGGCAUUGUAUACCCUGGCAAACCUUUCGUACUUUCUCGUUAUUCCUUUGGAAGAGAUCAAAAACAGCGGAGAAUUGGUGGGCGCAUUGCUGUUUCAACGAUUAUUUGGUGAUCAUAUUGGAAAGAUUUUCUUCCCGCUGGCCAUCGCAAUUUCCGCAGCUGGAAAUGUGAUGGUUGUGACAUUUGCCUUAGCGCGCGUCAACCAGGAAAUAGCACGACAAGGGUUCCUUCCAUGGCAGAAUGCUCUCUCGUCAACGCGGCCAUUUGGCACUCCACUCGGUGGACUGAUUGUGCACUAUAUCCCCUCUACUCUGGUCAUAUCUCUCCCACCACAAGGCGACGUCUACAACUUUAUCCUAGAUUUGGAGGGAUACCCAGGACAGAUCUUUGCAUUGUCAGUUACGGUCGGUCUACUUAUAGUUCGCUAUCGGGAGCCAGAUCUUGUGCGGCCCUUUAAGGCUUGGUUGCCGGCUGUCUGGCUACGAGUCGCGGUAUGCCUGACUCUGUUGAUAACCCCAUGGAUCCCGCCGCCCAACUGGCAAGGGGACGUCGAUUUCUUCUAUGCGACCUAUGCGAUUGUUGGUAUUGGAAUUCUCCUCUUCGGGGUUCUCUAUUGGUACAUCUGGACGGUGUUGCUGCCUCGCUGGGGAGAUUAUAAACUCGAGGAAGAGAAGGAAGUACUUGCCGAUGGAACCAGCAUUAUUAAAUUGGUUCGUGUAUACGGUGGUUAG